UCGUUAGGGAGGUGUAUUGUUGACUGAAACUGAUACUUGAAUUUUUUUUUCGGAAGUUGGUUGCCCUUUGGCAACCUGGUUGUGUUUCUCUCAAGAUAUUCAUCACAAUUCAAUUUUUUCAUCUGUAUUUGAACCUGGUGCACCAUCUCGAAUACAUCUUCAUCACAGUUUAACUUUAACAUUUUCAUCACUGGACUUCACAAUUCGUGUAGCUGACUGAUUUAACAAUGACAUUGACAAUGGACUCAACCUACCACAGAAGUAAAACGACUAAGCGAGCAAGGCUGUUCAUCGAGAGGGGCCAUCAAAUGGAUCUCAAACAUGUACUUGAGUUAUCAAAGAUAAGUAGACAACACAUUGAUUUCUUUGCUUCGCGAUUUGAGACGACUAAAACAUUUCACUUGAGAAGACCACGACAAUCACCUUGUAGUACAGGCCAUUCGAUGGCAUCAAAGCACAUUUAAGUAGUAGUUACAUGUUGGUUUCACACAACUAGUACAUCGAGAUAUUUUAGUGCAUAGAAACUAUCCUAAUGUACUUCUAUCCUCGUAGCAUUGAUUUCUUCAUUGCCUCUCACUUGAUGGUGGAUUUGGUACUUGUAUAAGCAUGAUGCAUGGAAGAACUUCGUACUAGGCAUGCUUGUUUUAUUCUGUCAUAUGUAAAACUCUAGUUUUGGAAGAACGAAUGUACCUGCAGUACGCCAUUAAAAGGACAACUCCCCUCGCGUGGAACAAAAACCCUACAGCAUUCUCUCCUCGUGUGUAGAAGAUGACCGCAGAAGAAAAGGAAGGACACUUCAAUCAAGAAACGAGAAGUGUAAGAAAUUGACUGAUUGUAAGAAAUUUGCGCAUGCAUCGGUUCCUUCUUGAUCCGUAUGAUGGCGCGUCAGGCCUAUAUGCUUACCUUGCCACA